AUGACAUCAUCCAAAUCAUCAUCCUCCCCAUCCAACGACAACGCAUCAACAUCUUUAAUGUAUAUCAUUCCACCAUACUUAUUAAAUACUUGUAAAGGAUCAAUUUUACAACAACAACAACAACAAUUAUUUGAUAACAUUAAUCAUCAAUUAAAUAUCAUAACCAAAGAUUCUCCUUAUUAUUAUAAACAUCCACAACCAACACCAACACCAAAACCAAAGAAACAACAACAACAACGGGAAGAAUCCAUAUUGAAACUGAAACCAUCACCACAUGAAGAUGCUCCAUUGAAACAUGAACCAGCGCAUACAUUUUCAGAUGAUCCAAUUCUUAAUGAUAUAAUUAAAGAAAAGAUUGCCUACAAAUUAUCAAUCAUUGGUGUCUUGGGAGAUAAUCCCAUGGAAUUAGUUGAUGAUCAAAGGAUUUAUGAGAUGUUUCAAAUAUUUAAAUCAAGAAUUAUGGGUGAAGAUGAUGAAACUGAAGCAGGAGUUGUGAAUGAUCUUAAUUUAGAAUCCAAUGAACAACUGAAACAACAACAAAUCCCACCUUCAAUAUUCCAUUCUCCUAAGAUUGGUGAAGCUAGUUUUAUUAAUGAUGAAUUAUCAAAAAGAUAUAAGAAAUAUUUAUCAAUGAAUUUAAAAGAUUUAAUUGGUAUUACAAAUUGUAAUUUAAAUCAUAGUAAAUAUAAAUUACCUCCAAGUUUUAUUAAAUUUGAAAAGGGGGAAUUUUUUAAAUAUCCAUUACCUAUAAGUUGGAUACCAUUAAUUCCAAAUCCUUAUUUAAAUCAAUUAGAACAAAACCUUGCCUUAAAGAUUGAUAAUCAAGAUGGAUAUAGUAAUAUCCUAAUGUCGGCAACAACUUCUCAUCCAAUUGAAGAUUCUCCCAAUUCAUAUUAUAAUUUCAUCACUGAUAAACCAAUAAGUUGUUCAACCGGGGUAUUUUAUUAUGAAAUCGAAGUACAACAAACUUUAGCUGAAUCGACCAAUUUUAAACCUUUGAUAUCAAUGAAUGAUUCUUCUAUAAAUUCAAUAUCCUCAUUAAAUCUAGCCGCUGGGUUUAGUAAACGAUUUAUCAAUUUAGAAGGAGUAUCACCUCCUACAACUACUACCACUGCUGCCGUGGCUGCUACUUCUUCAAUUGCUGGACUUGGAAGGAUUGAUUUAGAAAAGAUCAAGAAUGAUAUAAUAUAUUCCGAAUCUGAUGAAGAUACAAUAACUCCCACCCCAAGUACUCCCAUCAUUAAUAGUGAUUUAAAUAUAUUAUUAAGAACAAAACCAGGAGAAUUUCGUGGUAGUUUUGCCGUAAGUUUUGAAGAUUCAACAUUUUAUAAUUCUGCCAAAAAUGCCGAAUCAUUACAAAGACAACAAGUCAUAAAUAUGAAUCGGCGAGUUUCGGCCAUGAAUAGAUCUAAUAUUAAUGAUAUAGAUCUGGGGAAGAUUGAUAUUGGAAUUCCAUUCAAGACUAAGAUUGUGAAUAAUAAUAAUAAUAAUGGUGUGGUGAAUGGUGAUAGUGAUAAUGGAGGUGAUAAUGGUGAUCGGGUGAGGAUUCAUAGAACGGAUACUAUUGGGUGUGGGAUUAAUUUUAUUGAUAAAUCGAUGUUUAUUACUUUGAAUGGGGUUUUGGCGAGGGUUAUUAGUGAAGGGGAAUUAACUGCCAUGAGUAGUACUCAAGCUACGACCGGAGCAUCAGCAGCUGCGGCAGCAGCGGCAGCAGCAGGAACAGGAGCUUCCACCGGGGCUAAUCAAACCAAGAGAAGUGUUAAUAAUUUAUUUUAUCAUGAAUCUAAUGAUAAAGAAAAAGAUAAUCCAAUUUAUCCAAUGAUUGGAUUUAAGAUUAAUGAUAUUGAAGUUAAUAAUAAUCAAGAAUUUGAGCCUUCAAAUAUGAAAAUAACUACCAAUUUUGGAUUUAAAGAAUUUAAAUUUAAUAUGAAUAAUUAUAUUAAUAAUUUUAAACAUGAAAAUCAAAAAUUUCUUUAUUUAUCAUUAUUAGAUAAAAUACAAUCUAAUAAACUUAAUAAGAAUGAAAAUGAGAUUGAAAAUGCUUUAUUGAAUAUAAAUGAAGAUUCGGCAAUGUUGAAUAAAUUGAUUAAAGGAUAUUUAAAUCAUCAGGGGUAUAUAAAUACAUUCAAGGCAUUUAAUCAAGAUUUACAAGAUUUAACAAUCAUUGAUGAGAAGGAAAGAGAAAGCGAUAACAACAACAAUGUCAAUGAUGAGGAAGAUGUGCUUAUUAAGUCUCAUGCAUAUAGUAGACAGGUUAUAAAACAAUUUAUUAUGAAUAAGCAAUUUGAUGAAUUAUUGGAAUUCCUUGAAUUGAAUUAUGGAUAUUUAAUGAAAACUGCAAAAGGUGGACAAAUCUUAUUUGAGAUUAAAUUGAUUAAAUAUAUUGAAUUGUUGAAGGUAUAUCUUGAAUAUAAAUUAAGGGACGGAACUACUGAAAAUGAGAUAUAUCAUCAAGUAAUUGAAUAUAGAAGAUUGUUAUUAUUAGAAUAUGAACAAUUUGAAGAAAAGAUUAAUAAGAUAAAUGAAGUAUCAUCAAUAUUAUUAAUUAGCAACACCAAAAUGGUUGAUAAUCAAUUGAAAUCAAUAUUCGUCAAUUCUGAUAAACAAUUGAAUAAAUUACAACAAGAGAUUAAUAAUGUUAUAUUAAAAUCAAUUGGUUAUAAGAAAUAUUCCAAUUUAGAAAUGAUAUUUGAUAAUGUUAAUAAGAAUAUUAAUACUUUAAGUCUUGAUUAUAAUGAUGAUAAAUUUAUGUUAAUUAAUUUUCAAAAAGAUCAUAUUGAUUUAUAG